UUUUGAACGAAUUGCCACAUGGAGCAAUGACAUAACAAUUUUGACGUUUCAGUUUUAAAUGUUUCAAUUUUCAGUUUUCUCAGUUCUCAUCGCAUAGCUGUGGAUAACGAAUUAAAAAGUUAAAUGUUUCUAUAAUUAUGUGUACAUGAUAGAUUUUAGGACAAUGCGUUAGUUGGUGUACACCGAAUCGUAACACUUCUAAAUAAAAAAAAAAUAGUUCCUAUUGCCGAAGAAUUUCAAGCGAAGUUGGCGCAAACAAUACCCAACAGUAAGCUUCAAGACUUCAAAAACAAUUAUGCCUCCUCCUCAGAAAGGAAAAGCACCCACCAAGGGGGCUAAACAAAUUUUGGCUGAGAAUUCUGCAACGGUAUCAUUUUACCGUAACAUGUCAUUAGGGGCAUGUGCAGUUUACACCAGUGUUACUUUGUUCCUUUAUUAUGAAUACUUAACAGCAUGGGUUAUAGUCAUGAACAUUUUUGUCAUUGCUCUCUAUGUAACAUGCAAUCAAAUAAUGAGGUAUAUAAGUCGUCCCAGCUAUUCAGAUAAUAGCCAGCUCCUUGACCCUGGAUUAGAUUUAAACAUGGAAGGUGGUAUGGGAGAACACGUAAAGGAUAUUGUUAUACUAACAUCCAUCACACAUGUUCUAGCAGUUUUUUCAAACUACUUCUGGUUACUUCUCCUUCUUCUUCCUGUGAGGGCUUUUUGGCUAUUGUGGGUAAAUAUUCUCGGCCCAUGGUUCUUCCAAGAAGCACCCCAAGAUACAGAGCAGGAUGAAAAGAAACGGAAAAAAAUGGAAAGAAAAAUGAAGCGAUUCCAACAGUAGGGAGUAAUCAUUAAAUAGUACUUACAUAGUAAUACACCCUUUUCAUGCCAUUCAUAUAUUAUGAUAACUUAAUAGCCCCUAAUAACAUUAGGUGGUUAUUUUUUUUCUAUUCAUACUUAAGCAAUAUUGGAAAGGUUGAUACAUCAAAUAACAUGUAAAUAUAAAAUAACUUUUGCAAUUUAUUAUUAAUUAAAAACUGUAACAUGUUUAUUGUCAUAAAGAUCAAAAGUACUUUAAGAUUAUAUUACUGUUUUGAAUUGUAAAAAAAAUGGUUAAGUUCAAUUUACACUUGUGUGACAUUUAUUUUUUGUUAAAGGCACAUACAUUAUUCUUUGUUUUUCAUAAAUUUGAUUUUAAAUAUAAAUUCGUAAAGAUCAUUUUUAAACAGAUCACUAUUCUUAAAUAUCCAAAUUGUAUUUUAUGAAAUGUGCUAUUAAAGAAUACUCAGACAAAUAAAAAAAAUUGUCUUUGCUGACUUUGACAUACUGCCCAUAUAAGAUUUAACAGACAUUUUCGUUAAGAACUACUCUGGUAAUAACUAUGAAUAAUUCUAUAAUUUUUAAAAGUAAUAUAUUUUGUAAUAUUUUUAUAUUUCGAUUUGAAUUAAUGUAUUGUAAAGAAAUAAGCGUAAUAUGUAAUAUGAAUAAUUAUUAUUCAGUAUUUCCUUAUAAAACCAUCAAGACAACAGAUUUAUAUUUUGCACCUUGUGUCUAGUAUCAAAUGUAAUAGCACUGCCUUUUCCCUACAUUAAAUUCUUAAUUGUUGUUUGUGGAAUUUGCUAAAACUUAGUGCAAGAGAUAAAUAAUGAAUUUAAAUUCAUACUAUUGUAUAGAGUUGAUAUUUAAUUGACAAUUUAAAGUAUUUUUACGAAAAUUUAAGUAAGUAUUAUUGUAAAAUAGUAUUUACUGUUCUAAUGUUCAUAAUCAAUGUAUGUAUUUUUGAUUAUUUUUUUGAUACGCAUAGCAUUGUUCGUGGUAAGUGUUUACUGGUGCGUAUUUUUUGUUAUUCACAUAUAUUUAUUAUGUGGAAUUUUUGUACUCUUCGGGGAUUUAUUACAUUGUUUAAUAUCGGUACUUUUGACGCCACGUUAUGGUUUACUGUAUAAUGCUGCAAAACAUUAAUCUAAGUCUUUUCUCCUAUAUUACUGUAUUUUUGUAAUAUGUUAAAGCUAUUUUUCUCUAAAUAGGUUAUUUAUAAUAUUUAUUUUGCAUUCUCUCAAAAAUAUGAGUGUAGAUAUUAUAUUCCUUCCUUUUACUGGGGCCUUAUUCUCUAUCCCGCACGUUAUUUUGACAGAGCGUAACAAGCACGUAACACAAGGCAUCAUGUUUAGGACUAUAGAAAUUUGGCUUACAGAAUACCAUUCCACGCACAUUUCUCGAAGAUAACAUAACACGGCCGCUUUACGCGUUUACACUAUCAUACAGAAUAAGGGCCCUGUACGUAGUUAUAAGAUGGCAACUACAUAGUUGAAGUUUUGUCCGUUUCAAUAUACAGUGUAAAAUUAUUAUGAUGACUUUCAUUAUGACGUUAUAAUUCCUAGAAGCAAAUGAAGCAAGUUAUACCUAAUUAAAAUAUUGUUAUGCGCAAUCGCACCGCAUUCGAACAGGCCGUUUAUUAAGGCAUUUUAGGCAAAAUAUAUUUAGGCGUUAUUCUGCUACGGUGCUGAAAGAGCAGGAAGAAAAUCCACGGAAGCAAGGAACAGAGGUAGAAGGGAAGAUCGAUACCGCAGGGACGAUGAGUAAAACCAAAAGGUUACCCGAACAACAUAUAUGAACUAGUACACUUAAAUGCGGACUGCAAAUCGGUCUAAUGAUUAGAUACAAAUUACCAAAGCGAAGGCGGCAGGAACCGGAUUAUAUGGACCCUUCGCCAUUGACAUACCGUCAUUGAUCAUAAUGCCUGCUUCGCUUUUAAUGUUCCUAGAUGCAUUUAAACGUGUAGGUAAACAUCAAUUAUCAUCAUCAUCAUAAACAACAAAUUGCUCCAAUAGUAAGAGCCAUAAACAUAUUUAACGAAGUUGGGCGGAACGGAGAUAUCUUUAAUUGUACACUGGCGGAAUUCAUAAGGGUAGCUAUAGAAACUCUAACUAAUAAUGUAUCGACUAUAAGAAAUACCUAUACAUAACUAUCUGUAUCUGAAUUGGCUAUAAUAUGACAAUGUCAAUAUAAUCGCAUUGGGUGUAAAUCCUGUAAGAUUCUAUUUAAUAAAUAAAUAAAU